AUGGGUAGAAGGAAAAUUGAAAUUGAGCCUAUCAAGGACGAUAGGAAUCGUACGGUGACCUUCAUCAAGCGGAAAGCAGGACUGUUCAAAAAGGCACAUGAAUUAUCCGUACUUUGCCAAGUAGAUAUUGCUGUCAUUAUUUUAGGAUCUAAUAACACAUUCUAUGAAUACUCUUCCGUUGAUAUGAGCAACUUGAUUACUGUUCAUCAAAAUAACGCAGAUCUGCCCCAUAAUGUCAUAGAGCCUUCUGAUUAUGGUGACUACGUUAAGAAACCACGUGUUGUUUUGAGUGAAAGGAAACGUAGGCGGAGAAGAGCAACCGUAUUACAACCGGACUCCAAUUCUGGAAGUAGUACAAUUUCCAGUCAGGAUUCUUCCGGUGUUCAAGAGAAGAGGAACUUGAGUGUUCCGAUGGUAUCUAAUGACAUAGGUAACACUGUUGCAGGUAACUCCUUAAUACAUAUGCAAGGAAGCAUAUCUGGUAGCGUAUCGAGUAAUUCUGGUUAUACAAGUAAUAAUGUAAAUUACCCAAUGUUGCAAGAUUAUUUACACUCCGGCGGGAGUUUUUAUGCUAAUAACUAUAAGGAGAAUAAUGGCCAACAGCCUCACGCAAAUGAGGUGGCCUACGCCAGCCAUAUGAACAAGAGAAUUAGAUUGGGUACUCAUUCCCUCCUUCCUGGAUCCAAUAAGCCCAAUUAUGGCAAUUUUUAUCCCUCGCCUUAUGAUAAAUUACCAAAGCCCCCAUUGGCCUCAAGUUUAAUGGGCAAUAUUCCGCCCAUUCAAUCGCAAUUUGUCCAGGUUAUUCCGGGGAAUUCUAACCCAAUUGGAAGAUCAUUCAAUGGCACCGGUGAUAGUGUGACAUUUGAAACUAGACAAAAGAUACCCCCCAAAGUUACCGUCUCAAAUGCCUCAGAUGGACCAGCUCCGGUGCAGACGAUGGUUCAUCAUCUUAAUCAGUUGAAUAGAAAUAGAGAAAGGCUCUCAGAAAAGCCAUCUUUGACGUUGAACAUUCCCAAAGUUAUGAAAUAUUCCUGUCAAAAGUCACCGGUACCAUAUUCAUUUGCCGCAUCACCAAAAACGGACGUUCAAUCCAAUACCGAGCACAUUUCUAGCAGUAUAAUUUCUUCACCCUUUUCCCAUUCAGCAAUUUCGGCAUUUAGGAGCAAUGAUAUAAACGAAUCGAAUCAUAACGGUCGAUCUGCUGGCACGCAUGUAAAUAAUGAAACUUUCUUUCUCAAGCCGCCGAUUGGUAGACCACCCAAAUUCCCGAAAAGCCCGUCUUCUUCGAUCGUGAUAUUUCCUUCCUCCGUAACCAAUCCAAGUCUAAAGCCCCAAAAUCAGGCAGGGUCUCCUGAUUGA